GCGGUGAGAGGAGGUGCGGGUUUGCCACGUCGGUCUCUGUGCAGCAGCGCAUUUACACUGUUGCUCCUGAAGCCCGGGGCUAACUUUUAGAGCCGUUUUAUGUGUUUGCUCGGCGUGAAAGCGACCUCCCAGCAUCGUCCGUACCGUCUUUGAAGAUCUGAAAACCGCUGCAGUGGUGAAUAUUGAAGCUGGAAGGCGGAGAAAUGCUCGGUGCUGUCUGGACUCGUCAGGUUGGAAGCCACAAAACUGACUGAUGCAUCCUCGUCCACUUCACCCCCCGUAUGUUGUCGAUGUCGUGUGAGUAAGAGUGUCUCUACGAAGCUGUUUAAACUGUCAGGGUUUGGUUAGGUAGGAUAGCAGCCUGCUACAAAGUCAGCUCUUUCUGUGCUGAGUAUCUCUGCUCACAAGUUUCCUCGAUCUGACAGCCCUGCCUGGUGUCAUGGUUCAGGCAGACUGCCUUUGGUGCAUGUCUUAGCAAGUCUGCAGAAAGAAGGAAAAAAAAAAACUCUAACGACGAGUUUCCCUAAGUAAAGCCAGCUCAGUACAACAAACACAUCAUUUCAGUGGGGUUUUAUUCCUUCUUUGUUUCUUUAGUGCUUAUAAAAAACACUUUAAAAAGUUGUGGUGUAGAAAUCUAGAAACGUGUUGCACUUCCACAAAAUUACAAAAUACCAUUAUCCUCCAAACCCUCCUCUGUAGUCAAUUUCUCUUUCACACAGUUCCUGUUUUCACUUUUGUAUGCAUGCUUCUCUGCCUGUGACUGCGUGUGUGUGUGUGUGUGUGUGUGUGUGUGUGUGUGUGUGUGUGUGAGUGUGAGUGUGUGAGUGUGUGUGUGUGUGUGAGUGAGUGAACGUCUGUUUCCUGUUCUGUCCUCUUCAACUUUAAUAUUGUUGAAUAUUGGAAAUAUACUCUGGAUACUCCACAGAGCAUGCUGUAUUACCAUGUCCAUCCUGUCUCAUAAGUCACAUCUGCAUGAAGGAAAUACUGAUACACACACGCACAAUAACACACACACACACACACACACACAGUUUGGAUGAUGUCUGGUUCUGGUUUGUGUAUCGUUUUAGGAGUCUAGUCCUGGCUGAGGCGGGACUACUUUUUUAAAUUUUAUUUAAUUUUUUCAUAUUUAGUUUUUAUUUCCAUUUGCCACAGAGUUCAACAGUUUCAUUUUCUGUAUGAACAUAAAUUUCACAAAAUAAUAUAAACAAAAUCAGAGUCACACAAGGAGAAAAAAAAGAAAAGAAAAAAAAAACACAAAAAACAAAACAAAAUAAAUAUCUAGCACCCAAUGUGCACAGCAUUGUGGCAGACUUGUGGGUGUCCUCGAUCUCAAACCAUUUUCACACAAAUUUUCCAAUAAUUUUUCUAAUUCCUUCUUCAGUUCAUUAAAAAACAGUAACAAAAAUAAAUUUUAUACUGAAAAUAAUAAUAUAAUUCAUUAGGCCCCUAUUAAAGAUGGAUACACAAAUAAAUUGUGGUUGCCCUGUUUACACAAAUAUCCAAACUCAUUCAUACUUCGGUUCAUAAAUUCAGCAUUUCCAUUUAGUUUGUAAAAUAUCUCUUCUCCCCCUGAUAAAGUAGGUAAAUUAAUACACAGUAAAGAAAGCAGGACUACUUUUUAACCUACUGAGCGAGUGAUGAUAAGAAACAAUUGUUCAUGGAGUUUAGUUACUACUACACAAGCUCAAACAGGACUCCACUUUUUUAAUUAUUGACUAAUAUUUAAGAGAUUGUGUUUGAUGAGUGUCAGAAUUUAUCACUGAGGUUUUAAAGAACAUACCAUAAACUGUCAACAACACUGUCUGAACUGUGAAUGGAGAAAAAAGCUAUCAGGAGAAUAAUCAAGAGACAUAUCAGCAGUACCAGUGAGCAUUUGUUGUUGUGAGCUACUUUGUAUUAAAACUGAAUUUAUUUUGAAGAAUGCAGCCUGAUACAAAAGUAAGAUUUUACGCUGUGGCGUUUUGACAAUAAGUCAAAUGGAAAAGUGAUUUUAAACUUUGAUACACAGUCAAGAAGUCACACUGAGUGCAGAUAUUCCAAAUUUCUUUUUCACAUUUGAUAAUAAACUUCAUUAUUUUGUAGUUAUGGACUUGUGAUUUAAUAAAAACGAGUAAAUGGAGUGAGUGGUGUGCAGCUAUGGGAAAUGUCCUAUCUCUCUCUCUAAACUGCCAAAAAGGGGAAAUUACUCCCUAAUCAAAUCAAGUAUUCAAACAAUAACUUCUUUAUUCAUGAAAACAAGUCACGGAUUGACACGAUUUGAACGUGGCUUACAUUAACAUGUCUUUUCUGGCCAUCUUCCACUUAUAACAAACGCUUUAGUUGUAUCAUAAAUUUUUUCAAUUGACACCUAAAAAAGGUCUAGUCUGAAUCUCCAAACAGAUGUGUUUUAUGAGUACAGUGUGCACUGACCAAAUAUGUCAUUUAAACAAGAUAAAACCCCACUAUAACUAUUAUUUUAACUUCACAUCUGGGCAGUUUGUUUCUACAUGUGCAUAGUUUGAUCACAUCAGCCCAAACACUUUGUAGAUGUUAUAAUGACAAACAACUAGGGUUUGUUGUAGCAGCUGGUUCAACAAGUUGCAGAAGAAGACAUCCAGGUGUAAUUAAACGUCUUUACUAAAUGUCUUCUCUAUAUUUGGUUCAGGUGUGUCAGAAUUGUUCAUGCCUGCAUACUGAGUAUUAAAGAUGGGAAACACCAGGUGUGUCACUGCUAAGUGUUGAUCCUGGUUUAAUAAGUUUGACCCGAGGGGGAAAGAUCUUUAUUUUUUCUAUCAUUAUGAAGAAGAUUAAACAUUAUUCAGUGGUGAUAAGUUUUAACAAGUAUACUUGGAGCUGAAAAGAGGAUUAGGUUUCUUAACCUGUUGGAGUUUUGGCUGACAGUAUCACUUUGAGUACAGCUGUCUGAAUGAACAUUGCAAACGUGUUUUCUAUAAUGUGACUGCAGACAGCUUUAACACCCUCAAACACAUGCUACUUAAUAAUGAAGUGAAGAUAUACUCCUUGUCAGCCUGUUCAUGUAGAUCUACUCAUGAAAUUCCUCAUUGCCUUUGACAAACUUCCAUGUGGCUGCUCAAUCCUGCGUCAGUCUAUUCAGGCACACUGCCUUUAAACAGCCGGUCUGAUUCUGUUUGUAGGUGGAGAUCAGUGACAGCUUUGUUUGCUCUGUUAAGCAAUUAUUUGAUUGUCUAAAAAGGCUGUGGGAUGGUACUGAGUUCUGGUAGCGUUGGUGAUAAGUGAGUCUGUUCAUAAUUCUAUGAAGUGAAACCUCUGGGUGAUAGCUUAUCGCCUCAGUUUAUGGACGCCGGGCUGUCAGUUCAUAAGAUAGAGCCAGUUAAAACAAAUGACUAAGGUCAUGAUCAUUGGCUCUUUAUUAGAUGAGGAAAUUACUGUAGUAUAUGGUCACAAUUCCCAUGUGGACUUGUUUUUUUUAUCAUAGCAUGAUAUAAAUUUUGUAAAUAAUGAUCCCAGAGUUUAAAAAAAACAAAAAAGUAGGGAACUGUCAUGUGAUUGGCUGCUAAGCCAGUGAGCUUCCUCACUGCUGCCAUAUCCAGUUUAAAAAUCUUCAGUCAUGUUGUGGUUAGUUUAUGCUGAGAGAGUUUUUAAAAUAAGAUUUGUAUGAUAAUUUGAGGGUUGUUUAAUUGUAAUGGAGCUGCACUGUGUAAAACUCAGAGGAACUUUUGCCCAUCCCAUUUAUACCAAAGAUGUUCAAAUAUAUGGGGGCAGUCCAUGUAUGUGAACAAGGCUGUUAGAUUUUUGCCUAACAUCGAAACUCCAUGAGGCCGUUUAAACAUGUUUUUUUCUGAUCUAUCACAUGCAGAUAACUUGUAGAGAUAAGCAAACCUACUGGUAUUUCUAAUUAUUUAAAUCUUUAGAGGCCUUCUUUACAGAUUAUUGAACUCCUUUAAAGUGAAUCAUCGGCUUGCUGAGAAAAGAGGCAGCAGCUUUCUGACAGAUGAACACUGAUGAUACUAUAUGUUCUCUGACUGUAUUCUUUGUUUGUAAGCUAUCAUCUAUAAACUAAAUUGAUCAUAAACACGACAUUUCAGGAUAUGGAUGGUUCUCCAUCUCUGCUGAAUAAUUUCCUGGGGAAAACCCUGGCAGCUGUACGAGUUUUAAAACAGAGCUGCUAGUACUCUGUGCUGUGUCAUUUUAACAUGUCACGUCUCUCAUCCAAAUGCAGAGUGAUAAGAACUGGUCAAAGCGGUGCCAGAAAUAGAAACAGUUCGGUCUUGAGUCUAAUAAGAAAGUCUGUUUUUUUUUUAUACUUGUUAGUUUUUGUGUCUUUUAAACGUCUACAAACCUUCAUGUUUCAGAGCACAGCUGUUACCACACUAAACCAGUUUGACCCAGAAAGUAGUUUACGAAAGCUGGGGAUUUUUUAAGACACAACCCCAAAGCUGCUAGCUGCUGCCACUCCAGGUUAUUAUGGGGGUUUUUUCAGUCUUAAUCACAAUGUCAACUUUUGUGGCAUAGUUCAUGUCUUAAGUUGUUCUGUGAAUUAUCUUUAAGAAGAAUACUGUGUUAAAGAGUCAAACAUAUGCUACUGGAGAGAAAAAAUGUCAUACUUGAUUUACUCUAAUAAGUUCAGCAUUUCUAAUUCCCCUUUCCAGAUGAUGAUAAGCCUUCCUGCCAGCACGCUGAUUGACUAAUAAACUUUAUGGUUGCAGAAAUGAAAUUAAAAAGCCGAGAUAAAAUCGGUGGAGAAGAAAAACAAGACCCAGCUCCUACCAUUCUUUCCUUAUAACAUCACCACUGUUUACUUAUUCCACAUGCAGUAUACAGCAAAUACCCUGGGUCAUGUAAAUGCUCUAAUCCUACUUGUCUAAGCUCCGGGGUUGUUGGUUUUUUUUUUGGUUCCCCCCUCCCUCCUCCCCUCUGUCUAGGUGUUUCACUCAUCUUGAUCUGACUCAGACUUAUCUUUCUGUUUCCUCCACAGUGGCCUGGUUGUACAUGGUGGCUCACUAAGAAGGAAGGGGAGGAGUCCCAGUGGCUGUUGGUUGGUGGGCGGCAUCCGUGGUUGCCACGGUAACUGGCGACCAUGCCAGGAGGCCGCAGGGGUCCCAGCAGACAGCAGCUAAGUCGCUCUGCUCUGCCUUCCCUGCAGACUCUGGUCGGAGGCAACCUCGGCAAUGGUACAAGCCUCAGGAACAGGUGUGUGAAAACUGAAUAAAGACAUUUUUUUCAAAGUGUUGAAUGAUUUCUCUCAAAGUUUGAGAAUAAAACACUUUUUAAAUGACAUUUUGGCUUUAGUCUUCUUGUACAUACCUCAGAAAUUCCCCUGGGUUGUCAGCUCUCUGUCAGUAUUUAUUUUUGUAACAGCUGUAGACACAUUUCCUGAUUCAGCCUUUUCUUUACAACAGUUUGUUAACAAAUGAAACAAAACAAAAGUUGAUCAAUCAAACUUUGGUGAUAAGUCCUAAAUAUAUUUGUAUAUAUCUUCAUUUAAUUUUCAAGUUUCUGUCUUAACUCUUUGUUUAACUUGUCUGCCAGUAAACCUAUCCUCUGAACACCCUGAUUAACAUGUCUUGUCUUUGUGUGCGUCUCCUCCAGAAACAGUAACUCGGUGGGUCUGUCCUCCCCCCUCUCGGCCCUCAUCACUCCAGAGCCGGUCCGUCACUCGAGGAUCCCUGAGCUGCCGUUGGACAGCAGUUUACUGUUUGAGUUCCUGCUCUUCCUUUAUUUGCUGGUGGCCUUGUUUGUUCAGUACAUAAACAUCUACAGGACGGUCUGGUGGUACCCAUACAGCCACCCUGCCGCCUCUACCUCGCUUGUAAGAACACACACACACACACACACACACACACACACACACACACACACACACACACACACACUCUGUUGUUAUCUUGAAAUGUGUUACUGUAAUAAUCCAAAGCAGGCCCUUAUUUGUCAGACUUAUGGAAUUACAACAAUGGUAUAAAUAUACACAAACUUUAGUUACUAAUAGCUCUUCUGUUGUGUGAAAUAGACCUUAUUUUGUGUAAACUGCAAUCUCAAAUUAACUUUCCAUUCAGACCAUCCAACCGUUCAGAGUAAAGCGUGUGUGUUGAGUUCGUAACACAGGUUCUUUUUAAAAAGUUUGAGUAACCAAGCUCCAUUUUUAAACUAAGAAUGAAGAUUCUAAACGCCAAAAGCUUCAAUUGAUAGAAUUUAAACUGCAUUUGUUUUUGCAAAAGGAAGUGGGAUAGCCCUCUCUUGUUGUGAUGGAUCACUUAAAACUAAGUUAGUCUCAUUAGGAAUCAGAUAUCAAAGUAGAUGCUGAGGUUCAGCUUUUACUAGAAUGCAUAAUUAAGAAAAUAUGUCACAGAAAAUGACAAUAACUUUCUCCUCCUACAGAACUUCCAUCUAAUGGACUACCACCUGGCUAUCUUCAUCACAGUCAUGUUGGCCCGGAGGCUGGUUUGGACAAUAGUUUCAGAGGUGAAUCACCUGAAAAACUGUUUCCUACCUAAAGCAGAAGCAGGAAUCGUUUGACUAAGUGUCGUCGUUGUUUUGUCAUUUGUCUCGUCUAGGUGUCUCAGAGCAGCGGCGGAUCUCUGCUCAGAUACGUCUUUCUGAUCACAGCUCGGCUCUCCCUGCUCACCAUGUGUGGCUGGGUGCUCUGCUGGACGCUUGUCAACCUCUGCAAGAACCACUCAGUGCUCAAUCUCCUCUUCCUGGGAUACCCGUGAGUCUUUAACAGCCCCCUUAUUCCCUAAAGGAUAUAAUCAUGUAAGCUGUAACCCGAAGUCUCAAAGCAGAGUGGUUUAUCUCUGCUCUGGAUGGUCUUUCUUAAAGGUGAACCAAAAAACUGCCACCAUAUUGAGGGUUGAGAUCUUACUGAUGGGGCUCACUUUCUCUCUUUUCAGCAUUGACAGUGCAGCGCUCUGUCAUGCACACCAAAGCACUUGUGUAAAGAAGGAUCAAACAGCUCUAGAGGGAGUUCAGACCCUGCUCACUUUCUCUUAUCACCUUGAGCAGCAAGUGUCAAUGUCUGCUAGAUUUGAAAGUUGCAGAGCUGUUGAUUCAACCCCCUGAUUUCGAUGCUGUACUGAUGUGGCAGCGGGAGUUCGUUCAGUCACACACUUAGCCCUUUGCUUGUAGCAGGGUUAUGUUUGAGCUCAAAUGUGAACUUAGAGAAUUCAGAGUCAAGUCGCCACUCUGUCUGUACAACUUCACUGAUGCACACAAUAACAACACAACUUCCCCGUCACCUGACAGAACAGCACCAGGAAGGAUCAUUGUCCCUGCUAACUCUCGCAGAGAGAAAAAAUCCUAAUCUGAGGUUUUGUGUUGCGAAUGUUUAAGUGUGAAACCGUCAAAAAGACUACAUCCAUGCACAAACCAUUUCAGAAAAAAAUCCAAACUUAGCCGCACAAAUCUCCAGUAAGAGACAUAUUCUCUUAUAACCGUCUUUCCAGAAAUGAAUCUGAUUUUCAGAGGAAAUGAUUCAGGUAGUGCUUAAUGUGGUUAGUCAUACUGAUACUGAGAAGCUGUUAAGGUGAGCAUGUUUCUGUGUGGAGGGGUUUUUAUGUCUGGUUCUUCUGCCUGCUAAUGGAUGUGGAAGCUGUGCGGCCCCACCCUCCCUUAAUUUGUCCCAUCUUUUGAAAUAUGCAUGAUGUUUUCACAUCGUACAUCUCCUUUUCAUCCUGCCGUCAUUUGAAACUAAAAGCGGCUGCUCUGCUCUUCUGUCCCUGCCACCCAUCCACGUCAGAUUUGGCGUGUACGUCCCGCUUUGCUGUUUCCAUCAGGAGGGAGGGAAAAGCCAAACACCCCAGACCGACUGCGACUAUCCAGCUGACCACCAGCAGACUGACCUGACAGAGACCCCGUUUUUUAGACCACGUGACUUCCUCUUCCUGUUACGGGAGAAUCUCAGAGAGCAGUUUUCCAGCCCCCCUCACAUGCCCAUACACACCUGCCCGCCACACACACACUCACACACGCCGGAGUUGAUUCGAGCGGAGGUGGAGGAGCUGAAGAGCGACUUCAACCGGCGAAUAAAGGAAGUGCUGUUCAACUCGCUGUUCAGUGCUUAUUAUGUCGCCUUCCUGCCUCUCUGCUUCGUCAAGGUUGGUACCCGUGACUCGCACUUUGCCCUGAUUCAGGAUUUUGUUUUCCGCCACACUUUGUUCCUUGUUGUCUAACCAAGUUUCUGCUUCUUUUAUACCAGAGCACCCAAUACUAUGACAUGCGCUGGUCAUGUGAGCAUUUGAUCAUGGUGUGGAUCAAUGCGUUUGUGAUGCUCAUGAGUCAGCUGCUCCCCCCAAGCUACUGCGACCUGCUCCAUCGCUCGGCAGCUCACCUGGGCCGCUGGCAGAAACUGGAGCAUGGCUCGUAUAGCAACGCACCUCAGCACGUGUGAGUGCCCUUUUUGUGCAACGUGCAAACAUUUCCCGCACAAAUAUAACCAAAGAAACGGUCUUCUAAUAAUGAGUGUGUAACUCUGGUGUUCACAUUUUUGCAGGUGGUCAGAAAGCACCAUUUGGCCUCAGGGGGUGUUGGUACGUCACAGUCGCUGUCUGUACAAGGCAGUCGGUCCGUACAAUGUCGCUCUACCCUCUGAUGUUUCCCAUGCAAGGUUUUAUGUAAGUAUCUAUCCUCUACUUGUAAAACACACACACAUUACAUACAUGUGGGUAAAACAAUGACACCAUGAAUCUGCUGGUUCCUUUGCAUGAAAAAGCAACACAAAUUCAGCCCUACAUAAAAAACAGUCAACUUAGACAAACAACAGCAGAAGUAAUCUUUGCCGCUCAGCCACACACAGAAUAAAGCUGGAUUUAGGUGUUUGUUUUAAGAGUUUUUCUAUACCUGCAGCAGCGUCUUAAAACGGAGAAACCACACAGAACCUAAAGGACUGUGAUUAGUCAGCAAAAAAAGGAAAAACAACUGAAGCAUGCUUAUAGAAUUAUAGGCUUCAGUGUCUCCUUUUUUUCACACAUAAACUGUUGUAAACCCUCCAUCCUCACUUCCCCAAAAACUCUCUUUAACAGUGAAUAAGACCUAAAUAAAAGGUUUUUCUCACUGAAAGAACUACCUCUUUACCAAAAAGGAGAUCUGAAAUCGCUAAUAUCCAGUAUAAUAGAGCACAGUAUGAACUGUGUUGCUCUGCUGUAACAUAUGAAGUAUACACAAGCCUCGGUCCAUCAUCUAUGACAUGCUCAUAUCUGGAUGGAUCAGUCUGAUGCCAUAAAUGAUGUCUGACUCAAUCAGGUGGCGGAUUGAUCGUAUUUCUUUAAUCUGUCGGCAGUUUGUGAGAAAAAGUUUCAAACUUUCAUCCCGUGUAAAGUGAAGCUACAGAUCAAACAUCAUCAAAGUCGGGUUUUGGAAGAAUACAAACAAACAAUAUCAUGAAUAAUGAUUGUGUGACAUGUACAGAACAGUGAUUAAUGUUGACAAAACUUAAAAAUCACAUGAAGGCUUUAAUUUCAAAAGCCAAAGGUGUUUUCAGUGAGUGCUUAGGAGGCAGAUAUUUCCUCAAACAGGGGCCUACAAUGAUCUGAAUUUUUUAGCCAAUAAGAUGUCUAAUUUCAGUUCCAGUGUGAAUGUCUUAUGAACCAAUACUUCUCAGAUAUGAAGUCCUUUGAGGUUUUACAGAGAAAAUUAGAUCUUCCACAUAUUGACGGUUGGACAUGAUUUAAUGUCAAUCAGCUGAUAGAUGAAUAUCUAAUUAUUGUUCCACAUUGACUUUAAAACAAGUAGGUAUGUGUCAGUGGUGUCAACGCUCAAAGUCAGCAAGUUUUCUUAAGUGAAUACUUAAUGCAAAAUGUUGUUCACUCAUGUGUUGGAUAAAUCUGUUUCAUUUCAUGCUGCUUUAAAUAUAUUAAGUGUCUUUUUUGUUUUGGUCCACUCCUGUGAAUCUUUUUUCUUCCCUGACCUUCUACGUGCUUUCAAACAUUUUAUGUUUUUCCUUUUCUUUUGGUCUUUCAGUUUCUGUUCCACAAGCCGUUGCGGAUCCUGAACCUGCUGAUCUGGAUCGAGUCCAGUGUGGUUUUGUACCAGUUAUACUCCCUGCUGCGCUCUGAGCGCUGGAACCACACUCUGUCUCUGGGCCUUAUUCUCUUCUGCAACUAUUACGUCCUGUUUAAACUGCUGCGGGACCGCAUAGUGCUAGGCAAAGCCUACUCCUUCCCUCUGUCCUCCAACAGUUUGGGGCUGAAGUCGCAGUGAAGGCCUCCUCACAGCGAGACCUCACCCAUGAACUCUGCAGGUGGAGGGGAGAUGGGUGGAGAUAACGUGGAGAACUGGAGGUUUAACGGAGUUUAAGGGACAGACUGUGAACUCAUUAUCCUGUUUUGAUACGGUUCUAUUUUUAACACAAUGUUUAUAUAAACCUAUUUAAAAGAAUAUUUUUAUUUUGUAUACUAUUUCGAGUUACGUCGGGCAUUACCCGCUGAUGACAUUAGCAUGUUGUGUUAUGUUGUUGCCAGGCGACAGAGAAGUCAGGGAGUGCCAGGAGGUGACUUUCACCAAAGAUAUUUUAAAUAGCCAACCGCAAGAGGACUUGACUUCUGAGGGUCAGUUCAACCAGAAAAGUGAUCCAGAGCAGUGGGAAGAGCACUGAUGGGGCUACUUUCCUGCUUCAGUCCAGAACCAGUGAAACUAAAGCAGUGCUCUCUACAUCUCCAGCUUGAAGAGUUAAACAUGUCGAGAAAUACGCUUGUUCUCUCUUCAAAUAUGAGCACCGCACAGAAGCUGUCAGCUUACUGCUUGCAGGUAACAGAGCUCUGUCCAACAUCAGUGCUCUCUGUAUUUCAUUUGAAUUAAGUCAGUUUAAUAGAGUGUUGGCUCUUUAAUAGUUGCUACCACAGAGACAUGAGCAAGUUUCUGUGCCUGGCAGGUUAAUCUGGCAUAUUACCCUCUUAAAAAACAUGGAGUAUUUUUUUAUAAUUUGAUUUUUGUAAAAUCGAUCUAACAUGUUGCCGAGAGAGAGUGUGAGGUGCUGAUAGGCAGAAUUGGAAGCUCCUGAUUCCUGUAGUUUGUUGUUCGGCUCACCUGCUCCAGCUGCUCGUUGGAUGAGCAGAUAUAGGUCAAUGGUAUUAAAGCUAGAAAGUGAAUAAUGGUGUAUUUGCCUGAUUCUGAACCUUUUCUCUGAAGCUGGGCCUCUGAGUGGAUUUUACCAACAAAGUGUUCUUUGAGCUUAAACACACCCUCAUUGCUCUUAUCCGCUGCUCUGGAUAGAAAGCUGUAUUCUUACUCAUCGACUUUGUUUUUACCAUCAGUAUCUGCUCUUUCACAGCACUGGUCAUCUGGAGAGCAGGUAGAGCAGCAGACUCUGAAAACCGCUGUGGCAACAUGAGAGGGAGAAAUAAUUUAAACAAAGUACACCUGAAAAUGUUCAACUGUUUGACCGUGAUGGGUUCAUUAAGGUCCUGAUCUUGUUUUUUUUGUUUUUUUAGUAAGAUAUGACCAGUUUGUGUUUAAACUAUCCAGUCACUGUUUUUCUAAACUUUUAUUCUGGUGCCUAAAUUCUUUAACCACAAGGAACCAUAUUAAUCAGAUCUGUGUGUCUGUGGAUUGGACUUAAAUAUCAACAAUUGCAGCAAAUUAUAAAUGUUUCUGUUGGUUCAUCUCAGGAUCUAGCCCCUCACUCACUGCGAAUCUAUGAUUGUCAUCACUCUCUCAUAAGGACCUGAAAGCAGAGGAUGUUUGAUAGUGAUAAAAUGAAAGGGUGUAGACAGCUAAAGGUGAGGGGCUCUGUGUCACCUCAUCAUCACCUUGUAUAUUCUCAGUUACCAGGAUGGUGUUACAAACUGGUUGCCUUGCAUGUUGUUGCCUUUCUGUUCAGCCACACUCGGUGAGCAAACUCAAAUUCUCAAAGUUCCUCAUUUUGAACCUUGUCCUCUUGAGCUCAGGCUCCGGUCUGCAGCUGCUGCAUAACUUCAGGCAGUAUUAAGGAUUAGUGUUCAGUAUUCAGAGAAAGAAAUCAAUACAGCAUGACCAGAAAAGCCUUUUCUGUCAGCUGGAAAACUCUGAGUAGAAAAUCUGCUGUGUUGAAUUUCACAAUGACUGCUUCCGGCGAGUUUCAGAUUGAGUGUGAAUGAGUUGGAGAAAAGUACUUUUGAGAUGAGUUUGUACGCCUGGAUCACUGUAGCUGCUCUGUACCUCAGCACAACUGAGAGGGAGAUUUGAUUAGACUCACAUACAUGGACAGGUUUUCAUUACUGGGCUAGUUCUGCAGACUCAGACCAUAAAUCAGCGCCUUUGUUUGUGGUCAUUUUUCUCUUGAAUGUAGCAAAUGCAUCUAGUGAAUGUUGCUGUUGACUUGAAUUGGCAUGUUUGAGCCUUCAAUUGAGCAACCCAAAGUUGUAUUUUUUUUCAACAAUUGUCCUUUCCAACUUGCCGUCAGAUGACAACUUUAAGAUGAGCUUUAAAUCUGUCAGUUAUUACUUGAAUGUUGUCUUUGCUCGAAGAUGCCUGCUCUGUCUGCUUUAUUAAGUUUCAGUUUUACCCCCUUUAAUAAUAAGAUGCAAUUUGGAGAGAUUCUCGGUUUUGCUUUAUCUUGAUUGCAUUGCUCUGAAGUGUACUUGGAUUUUCUUUAGACCACAUGCAAUAUUAAAACAGGUUCUUGAGUUUAAGUUGGUGCUGAUGAUAUCUAUCUAAGUCCCUUUGGUUGCAGAAAGUCUGAAUUUCUUUUUUUUUUUUCUAUGUGCCAUAUCUCAGGAUACAGCUUCAGAGUUCUGGUUGAGCCUGUUGUUGAAUGUGUCAGUGCUGGAGAAGUUUAAGGAGCUGGUCCUCAUAUUUCGGCUUUUGACAGUGUUCAGUUUCCCCGCAGCAUUUCUGAAAAUGCUCUUUGACAUCAGAAAUAAAAGAAAUUGUGUUUAAAUGCAGA